UCUUCAUCGCCUUCUUUUUCUUCGCCAAGAUCUGAUUUUUUCUGAAAUUUUUAUUAGCGUGCUUGGCUUUUACGCAGCCUGCAAUUCUGGGUAUUUAUUUCGGUGAUGUCUUGCCCUACUACUUACUUUCCGCCUUUUAUUUUGCCCCUUUUGUUAAUAGGUGUAGAUCUGAUUCUUCCUGGGUGGUUUUUCUGGGUCUACGUUUUUUGAUUCUCAGACCCUUUCGUUCAUCUUAUUUGCCCUAGUGGACGGGUUUUCUAGGUUCGUGUUUUGUUGUUGUUGUUGGUUUUGCAGUAGAAAGAGGUUCUGUGUGGGGUUUCUGCUUGAUAUGAUGAAUAUCAACGAUACCAUGCAGCAGAUCGUUUUCCAACUUUUGAUUAACUUUGUUGGGUGAAUUCUGGCUUUGUUGAUCGUUUUUCGGUGGAUUUUUUUGUUGGUAAUAAGUUUAAUAUUUUGUUUGGAUUUGUGUUCUGGUUGUACUCUGCAUGUUUUGAGAUAAUUUCCAAGUAUUAUGAAGAAACGAUCUGGGAGUUUGUUGUGGUCAGUUAGUUUUCGAUCUAAUCUAAUUUUCAGAGGGAAAUUGGUAGAUUCACGGGGAUGCUUGUUUUGACUUCGAUUGUUCAACAAUCACCAGUUCAAGCGAGUUUGUGAUAUUUUAGCUUUAUGCUUUGUUUUGCAGGUUUUCGGCUACUUCAAUCCUGUCUUUAUCCUCGAAGUGAGACUAAGGCUAAAAUUGUCUUUACUUGGAUGGUCAAAGCUAUGUGGAAGAUAGAUAUGUCUACCAAUGCUUAAUUCAGUGCAGAGUUUUUUAGCCUUACUUCAAUAAUUUUAUUGAGGAUUUGCUAUUGAAUCAUAAUAACUGAAGUUUGAAAGAAGGAUUUUGACUCGUGAGAUUUUUAGCGAACUUUGGAAUCAUGCCUGUUUCAGGACAUGAAGAGACUGGGGUAAAACCGUUUGCUGGGCAGUUUAGUCGUUUAAUUGCAGGUGUGCCAAUCAAGAAAAGAAGGUUCCCUUUGAUUCUGCCUUCUUCACCUCCCUCUGAAGAACCAUGUUCACUCGCUGAAGAAACCGAGUUACAACGAAAAGAAAAUUCAAGCACUUCUCAAGGAUCAACCCUAUCGAAUACUAGUACUGCAGGUGCACCAAUCAAGAAAAGAAGGUUCCCCUUACUUCCAGCUUCUUCAUCUCCUUUGGAAGAGGCAUCACCUCUGGAAGAAAGUGAUGCCUUGGAAAAGGAACAUUCAAACACAUCACAGGGUUCAACUCUUUCCACCAGUUCUUCGGGCUUAUCUGAUACUAAUGGAAAUCCUGUAUUUGAAGAAAGGAAAGCAAGUUCUGAUGCUACGGAUGCUAACUUGGUGCAAGGCAACUCUUGCUUCCUUGUGCCCAAACUUGAGGAUCCAAGUCUGGGAACUCAAUCAUGUACUUUGGAUGUCAUGGAUAGCAAAGAGAAGGUGAUACUCAAUGAAGGUAACGAUAACAAAUUGGGAUCCCAAAUGAUUAAGGGGAAUCCUGAACUCUUGUUGGCUGCAAAGGAAGGUCUUGCACUUAGCAUUGGAGCAGAUGUGAGCAAACAAAGUGUCCAAGAUAUAAGAAAACAAGAGAGUCCUGUAGUUCCAGAAAGUGCUAGUUUAUUCUUAAGCUUAAAGGAGCCCUUGUUUGCAGCUGUUGCAAGUCCGGAAAUUGAUUUAAGUCACCCAAAAACAGAGAAAGUGGAACCUGUCUCAUUGGAAUUAUCUUUAAGCAAGGAAGAGUGUAACACUCACAGUUUAAAUACUGAUGCUAAAACUAGUAGCGUUACAACGCAUGUUCAUUCUAACAGGGCAAACUGGGAUCUGAAUACUACAAUGGAUGCAUGGGAAGAACCUGGGACUGCUGCUGGUUCAGUUAAAACUUCUAUUGCUGGGCCUAAAAUUACUAGUAAUUCACGUGAUGAAAAGCAGUUCAUGUGCUCAACUGGGAUGGCGCCAUCAACAGGUGUUGUGUCUAUAAAGCAAACAUGCGAAGAGAGUCAAAAGAAAGCUUUCACUGUUUCGUCUGGACUGUUUGGUCAGCAAUAUAGAAGUGUUGACCCACAGAAUCUCACUCUUGCAUCAUAUCUUCAGAAAUAUGUUGAGGAGCCUCCUAGAUUAUCUGAUAAGUUACAUUCCGGCAGUUCUAUUCCCACUACAAGCUUGUCAAGUAUAGUAGCUACUGCUGGUGAUGUGAACACUUCUAGUUUUAGGUUGGUAAAACCAGAACCAUUCGAUGAGAACUUGAAAAAGGAUUUGAAGAAAGCUAAUACCUGUCCUGUGGGUUCAGUAGAUAGUGUUGCUGUUAAACAAGAAUUGGUUCUGAAUUCGAAUGUCAACACUUCUAGGUCAUCAAAUGUUAGCAAUCUAAAAUUAGCUGAUCCUGCGUUCAUUAAAUCUGAACCAGGUCAUGAGGGUAACCAGGAAAGAUCCAAUACAGCAGAGAAUAAAACGGAUCAGUUGAUUAAAGAGUUGCCACGAGGGUCAGAUAAUUAUUCUUCUGCCACGGCAAUGCCGGUUACUUUGGCAACGCAAAUUUCUGCAGAGGCAGCUUGCCAUCCAGUGAAACCUAUGUGUACAGCAGAGUUAACUACCAGUGAAAAUAUAGUUGAAAAUUGUGCUCAUACAGAAGGAGUCAAUGCUGAGAAAGUAUGUCAUGAAGAUUGUUCAAGUACUGAGCAGGUACCUCUAGAAACUGUUGCUAUACCUAUGGUUGAUAAUGGUACUGAAUUGAGUGAUUCUGUCAUGAAAGAUUCUUCUAUAAUAACUGAGGAAGGAAAAGCUGCUGAUCAGGAGAGCUGCAGAUUGAAACUCAUGAAUGAGCCUCCAUCUGAUCCGCGAGACAGUGGCGAAGGCUGUGUAAGUGAUGAAGAAAAGAUAACCUUAUCAGCUGAUAUGUUGGAGGAUGAUUCAUACGAUUCUGAUUUCGAUUCAGAUGACAAUCAUGCUGUAACUGUUGCUGUGGAUACUGAACAAUAUAUUGAAGAUGAUGAUUAUGAAGAUGGUGAGGUUCGAGAACCACUGGAGCCUUCCACAGCUGAUGACAUGAUAUGUGAGGUAAGAGAAGUAGAUCAUCCGGUCUGUAGUAAUUAUGAAAAUAAACAGAUGGAGAAAGGAGUGGUGAAUGGUGAUUGUUCCACUUCAUCUCAUGAUGUGGAAAAUGAAAAUAAGACUGUAGUCCCCGCUGAAAUAGAUAAUGGUGAAGAUGAUAUGGACAUUGAAAUGCACGAGAGGGCUGGUAAGGUCGUUGAUAAAAAUGUGUGCCUGCAAGAAUCAUUGGGUGAUGAAAAAUCUAACAUUGCCGCAGAUGGGAAGAGACCGGUUAAUUAUGUCUUGCAAAGGAAACCAGUAGAUCUUUCCGAAAGAAAAAAUGUCUCUAAAGCGCUGGAGACAGAAUCACUCUCCGACCAAGCCACUAAUGGAAGCCAUGGGGUAGAUGUUGUUCAGUGUCCAGAUGAAGUUGUCAAAACAACUGACAUGGUUAAACAAGCUGACUUAGAUUUGCCAAAGAUGGAACUAUCUGCAAAUACUGAUGAUGCAACCAAAGAUUUUAGUAAUGGCGGAAAUCAAGGGAGAAUCAUAGAUCUGUCCCGAGCUGCCAGUUCUUCAUCCCCUAGUAAAACCAGGCCCAUUUCAGGCAGGCCGUUGUCCUCACGAGCUGGAAGAGAUGUAUUGCCGGACACAUUUGAUGUCGACAAAUUACAGAGAGGAAGAGAUGAAGUUUACAUUGAUGGUCCUCACAAAUUUUCAAGAGAAAGACAUCAAGAUAUGUCUCCUAGAAAUUCUAGAAUGAAUUUUGUGCGAGGUAGAGGAAGAGUUAAUAGUCGGUUAGACACACUCCGUGGUGAUUGGGAAUCUGACCGUGAAUUUUCAGGUGAGUUUUAUAAUGGUCCAAAUCAGUUUCGUGGUCCCAGGCCUAAAUAUCCAUCUUCUAUUGCUGAUACUGAUCUGGAGUACAAUAAUGUUACACUUGAUGGCUCAUAUGUUGGUAAUGGUCGGUUAGGCCGAAAGCCCUUGAAUGAUGGCUCAUAUAUUGCACCAAGGAGACGGUCACCGGGAGGAAGAGAUGGCAUCCAAAUGGGUCAUAGAAAUCCAAGAACCAUUAGUCCAAAUAGAUGUAUUGGAGUUGAUGGUCCAGAGUUGGUUGGAAUGAGGCACGGUGAGAAAUUUAUGAGAGGUUUCCGUGAGGAUACUCUAGAUUCUAUGUUUCCACGCCCCCAACCAUUUGAGGGACUGGAUGGUCGUUUUCCAAGAGGGACUAGGAAUUUUUCUUCCAUUCAGAGAAGGGGUCUUCCUCGAAUUCGAUCAAAGUCCCCCAUCAGAUCCAGGAGUCGCUCACCUGGUCCAUGGUCAUCCCCAAGGAGAAGAUCACCAAGAAGAAGAUCACCAGACUGUUUUGGUGGACAUCCAGAAUUGACACACAGAAGAUCACCAUUAUACAGGGUGGACAGAAUGAGAUCCCCUGAUCGCCCUGUUUUCCCUGGGGAGAGAGUGGUGAGGAGGCAUGGCUCCCCUUCAUUUAUGUCACGACCUUCUAAUGAUAUAAGGGACAUUGAUUCUGCAAGGGACCAUGGCCAUCCAAGGUCUGUCAUUUCCACUAGGAGCCCAUCUGGUCGAAUUUUAAUCAGAAACAGGAGAUUUGAUGUUGUAGAUCCCCGAGACCGUGCUGAUAAUGAUGAUGAAUACUUUGGGGGGCCUAUGCAUUCUGGUAGGUUACUUGAGCUUAGUGGUGAAGGAAAUGGUGAGGAGAGGAGAAGGUUUGGUGAGAGACGAGGACCUGUACGUUCUUUCAGGCCUCCUUAUAAUGCUAAUGUUGGUGAGAAUUUUCACCUUAAUGCAGAAGAUGGACCCAGACAUUAUAGAUUCUGUCCUGAUGAUUCAGAUUUUCAUGAAAGAGGUAACAACUUGAGGGAAAGGGACAUUGACAGACGGAUGAAGGGCCGGCCAGGAAAUGGUCCACCUAGAAGAACAAGAAAUAUGGAUGAGCAGGAAGAGAAUUUCAGACAUGGGGGACAGGUUUGGAGUGAUGAAAGUUUUGAUGACAUUUCGCGAGUGAAGAGAAAAAGAUUUUGAUUUCUCCCCAAUCUAAUAUACAAUGAUAAAAGUUUCCUGCUGAAUGCUGAAGGAUGAUGGAAUUUAUGUUUGCAGCUUUUUACCUGAAGAAUUAGAUUAGAUCAUAUAAUAAUAGUCAUCUUUAAAUGGUCUUCCCUUAAUGCUUAGCUUUAGCUUAAGCCAAUUGAAAUGGCGGAAAUGAAGUAAUGGAUGUAAAAGCAUGAUUGUAGAGGAAGGAAUUAUGAAAUGAAGGUUGCUGAACAAAUAAAUUUUGUUGGGACUUCAGUAAGGGGGAUUGGGUCCGCGCCAAGAAAUUUAUCAUUUGUCUAAUAAGUUCAACCGAUAAAUAAAUGAGGGUGUGUUUGAAUGAAUACAGUGGAGCGAUGCUAUUGGUUCUCGAGUUUCCUGCUAACAACUGACUAUUCAACCAAUCGUCAUUAAUUUGAA